AUGGAGAUCAGAGGGGCACUCGUUCUGCGGAAAAGGCAAGUUCUGUUUAUCUUUGUUUUACUGGGAUUGUCUCAGGCAGGUCCUGAGUCUGUGCGCUAUUCUGUGGCAGAGGAAACAGAAAUUGGCUCUUUUGUGGCCAAUCUGGCAAGGGAUCUGGGGCUUGGGGUGGAAGAGCUCUCUUCGCGGGAGGCGCGGGUAGUGUGUGAUGAUAAUGAAAAGCAUUUGCACCUCGAUUUGCUGACCGGGGAUUUGCUCGUAAGUGAGAAACUGGACCGGGAAGAGCUGUGUGACUCCACGGAGCCCUGUGUUCUGCAUUUUCAGAUGGUACUGGAAAACCCUUUACAGUUUUUUCGGGCUGAGCUACAUAUCAAAGAUAUAAAUGAUCACUCUCCUACAUUUCUUGACAAGGAAAUAGUUAUUAAAAUAUCAGAGAGUACCAUUAUUGGAACCACAUUCCUAAUGGAGAGUGCCCAAGAUUUGGAUGUAGGAAGCAACAGUCUCCAAAACUACACAGUUAGCCCGAAUUCUCAUUUCCACAUUAAAAUUCAAGACAGUGGUGAUGGAAAGAUAUACCCUGAACUAGUCCUGCACAGAGCGUUGGACCAUGAGGAGGAGUCUGAGCUCAGAUUAACACUCAUAGCACUGGAUGGUGGAUCCCCGCCCAGGUCUGGGACAACUUUGGUCCUCAUCAAGGUCUUGGACAUCAAUGACAAUGCCCCAGAGUUUCCUCAGAGGCUCUAUGAGGUGCAGGUCCUGGAGGACACACCUGUUGGCUCUUGGAUUAUCACCAUCUCUGCUAAGGACUUGGAUGCAGGAAACUAUGGGAAAAUAUCUUACACAUUUUUUCAUGCAUCAGAAGAUAUUCGUAAAACAUUUGAAAUCAAUCCACUAUCUGGGGAAGUUCAUUUGCGAUCACACUUGGACUUUGAAGCAAUACAGUCACACAUUAUAAAUAUUCAGGCAACAGAUGGUGGGGGUCUUUCGGAAGAAUGCACUCUUCUGGUUAAAGUAAUAGAUAUAAAUGACAAUCCACCAGAAGUGACCAUGUCAUCAAUUACAAAGACAAUUCCAGAGAACGCCUCAGAGACCCUUGUGGCUCUUUUUAGUGUCCGAGACCAAGACGCUGGGGAAAAUGGGAGGGUCGUUUGCUCUAUUCAAGAUGACCUCCCAUUUUUUCUGAAACGGACCUUCAAGAACUUUUUCACUCUAGUUGCAGAAAAAGCACUGGACAGAGAGGAAAGAGCCGAGUACAACAUCACCAUCACCGUCACUGACAUGGGAACCCCCAGGCUGAAAACCGAGCACAACAUAACCGUACUGGUGUCCGACGUCAACGACAACGCCCCCGCCUUCACCCAGACCUCCUACACCCUGUCCGUCCGCGAGAACAACAGCCCCGCCCUGCACAUCGGCAGCGUCCGCGCCACAGACAGAGACGCGGGCGCCAACGCCCAGGUCACCUACUCGCUGCUGCCGCCCCUCGACGCGCACGUGCCCCUGGCCUCCCUGGUGUCCAUCAACCCGGACAACGGCCACCUGUUCGCCCUGAGGUCCCUGGACUACGAGGCCCUGCGGGCGUUCGAGUUCCGCGUGGGCGCCGCCGACCGCGGCUCGCCCGCGCUCAGCAGCCAGGCGCUGGUGCGCGUGCUCGUGGUGGACGACAACGACAACGCGCCCUUCGUGCUGUACCCGCUGCAGAACGCCUCGGCGCCCUGCACCGAGCUGGUGCCCAGGGCAGCCGAGGCGGGCUACCUGGUGACCAAGGUGGUGGCGGUGGACGGCGACUCGGGCCAGAACGCCUGGCUGUCGUACCAGCUGCUCAAGGCCACGGAGCCCGGGCUGUUUGGCGUGUGGGCGCACAACGGCGAGGUGCGCACGGCCCGGCUGCUGAGCGAGCGCGACGCGGCCAAGCACAGGCUGCUGGUGCUGGUCAAGGACAACGGCGAGCCGCCGCUCUCGGCCAGCGUCACGCUGCACGUGCUACUGGUGGACGGCUUCUCGCAGCCCUACCUGCCGGCCCCGGAAGCGGAAGCGGCGGACGCGGCCCCGGCCGCCCCGCUCACCGUCUACCUGGUGGUGGCCUUGGCGUCGGUGUCGUCGCUCUUCGUCUUCUCGGUUCUGGUGUUCGUCGCGGUGCGGCUGUGCAGGAGGGUGGGGGGGGCCUCGGUGGGUCGCUGCUCGGUGCCCGAGGGCCACUUUCCGGGCCACCUGGUGGACGUCAGCGGCACGGGGACCCUGUCCCAGAGCUACCAGUACGAGGUGUGUCUCAUGGGAGGUACUGGGACGAAUGAGUUUAAAUCUCUGAAGCCGAUUAUCCCUAAUCUUCCAGUCCAAGACACCGGUAGGCAUAUAGGAGAAAAUGAGAACUUUAGGAAUAGCUUUGGAUUCAACAUUCAAUAAAAUAAUUUACUUUAAACUUCUAAUAUUUUGUCAUUCUUGGCAAACUGUGGAUCCAUUUUGUCAAUCUGUAAUAGAUUUUACGUUGGACGGUAGUUGCAUGCAUUAUCAUUCCUCAUGUUCUCCUCACAGUUGCUUUAAAAAUCUUUAUUUGUGGCUAUAAUGACAUGGAAAAAUAAUCUGUGUUCUGCUUUUUCAUAUAUUUGGUCAAAAUGUCAUAUUAAUGGAGUUAUUUCUAAUUUUUUGUUCUGAUAAUGGCAUAGUUAUGCAAGACGAUGUUAUUAUUUGGAGGUGCAAACUCAAGUAUUAAGACCAAAUGCCACAAUGUAUGUAAUUUACUUCUAGACAUUUCAUCAAAGCAUAGAUACAGCAAAAAUUAAAAAUGCUGUUGUAGAGAACGGACUUGAGGAUAUGGGGAGGGGAAGGGUGAGCUGUGACAAAGCGAGAGAGAGGCAUGGACAUAUAUACACUACCAAACAUAAGGUAGAUAGCUAGUGAGAAGCAGCCGCAUAGCACAGG